AUGUCGUUCCAGCAGUCGAAGACGGCGCGCCAGGCCGCGGUCGUGCGCACGAAGCUCAAGAACCUCGUGACGGGCGCGACGGUGGAGGACACGUUCCGCAUGACGGAGUCGUUCCAGCAGGCCCAGGUCGAGAGCAACGAGGCGGUCUUCUCCUACGAGGACGGCGACGAGAUCGUCUUCAUGGACAGCGUCGAGUUCGACGAGAUCCGCGUCCAGAAGGAGGACAUCGCGAGCUGCGACCUCCUCAAGGACGGCAUGACCGUGUCCAUCGUCAAGUGGGGCGAGGUCGUCGUCGACAUCAACCUCCCGAGCUCCGACACGUACGAGGUCACGUACACGGAGCCGGGCCUCAAGAAGGCGGCGUCCAGCGGCCAGAGCAAGGCGGCGACCCUCGAGACCGGCGCCGAGAUCCAGGUGCCCCUCUUCGUCGAGAUCGGCGACACGAUCAAGGUCAAGUGCGCGGAGCGCGAGUACAUGGAGCGCGCCUUGGGUUUGAAGCGGAUAUUGGUGGCGAACCGCGGCGAGAUCGCGUGCCGCGUCAUGCGCACGGCGAAGCGCAUGGGCCUGGAGACCGUGGCGAUCCACAGCGAGGCCGACGCGCUGUCGCGCCACGUGCGCAUGGCGGACCAGGCCGUGCAGGUGGGCUACGGGAACGCGGCGUCGACGAGCUACCUGGACGUGGACGCCGUGCUCGGGUGCAUGGCGUCGAGCGGCGCGGACUGCGUGCACCCGGGCUACGGCUUCCUCAGCGAGAACGCGGAGUUCGCGCGCGCCGUCGCGGCGGCGGGCCACGCGUUCGUCGGCCCGCCGGCGGCGGCCAUCGACGACAUGGGCGACAAGCUGCGGUCCAAGGAGAUCGCGACGGCGGCGGGCGUGAGCGUCAUCCCCGGCGGCGCCGAGGCCGUCGCCGACGUGGCCGACGCGCUCGCGAUCGCGGCCGACAUCGGCUACCCGGUCAUGCUCAAGGCGUCCGCGGGCGGCGGCGGCAAGGGCAUGCGCGUCGCCUUCGACGCCAAGGACGUCGAGGAACAGUGGCCCCUGGCCAAGGACGAGGCCGUGCGCAGCUUCGGCGACGACCGCAUGCUCGUCGAGAAGUUCGUCCAGUCGCCGCGGCACCUCGAGAUCCAGGUCGUCGCGGACGCGUUCGGCAACGUCGCGACGUUCCCCGAGCGCGAGUGCUCCGUGCAGCGGCGGAACCAGAAGGUCGUCGAGGAGGCGCCGAGCCCCUUUCUGAGCGACAAGCCGGCGCUGCGCGCGGAGAUGCAGCGCGAGGCCGCGAUGCUCGCGCGGUCCGUCGGCUACGAGUCCGCGGGGACCGUGGAGAUGUUGGUGGAUGGCGCGACGGGCGCCUUCUACUUCCUCGAGAUGAACACGCGGCUCCAGGUCGAGCACCCCAUCACGGAGGCCGUGUCGGGCGAGGACCUGUGCGAGGACCUAGUCGAGCUCAUGCUGCUCGUCGCGGACGGCCAGCGGCUGCCGGACCGGCUCCUGGGCGCCGGGGCCGACCCCUGCUUCGUGCCCAUCGACGGCUGGGCCGUCGAGGCGCGCGUCUACGCCGAGGACGCGUCGAAGAACUUCCUGCCGGACGUCGGCGUGCUCACGGCGUACGGCGACCCGCCGGGCGCGAGCCACUUCGACUUCGGCGCGGGCUGGACGGCGACGGGCAAGGCCGCGUCCGUGCGCGUUGACAGCGGCAUCGAGGACGGCGCGGAGAUAUCGAUUUACUACGACCCCAUGAUCAGCAAGCUCGUCGCGACGGGCAAAGACCGGGAAGACGCGCUCGCGAACGCGCGCGCGGCGCUCGACGGCUACGUCGUCGAGGGCCUCGCCCACAACGUGCCCUUCUGCCGCGACAUCUGCGGCAACGCGACCUUCCUCUCGGGCACCUACACGACCAAGUUCAUCGAGGAGGAGUACGCCGCGGGCUUCGACGAGGCCCGCGUCUUCGCGGGCGUCGCCGGCUGCGGUACCGCGGGGCCGGAGCUCGCGGCCCUCGCCUACGCCGUCGACGCCGCCGCGCGGGCCGCGCGCGGCGCGAACCCGCCGCCGGCGCCCGCCGUCGUGGCCCUCGCGCCGCGCGCGGACGCCGCCGCGCGGGCGACGUUCGACGUGUCGCCCGGCGCGGGGCCGGACGCCUACGUCGUCGACGGCGCCGCCGUGGUCCUGCGGAACUACGCCUGGCCCAGGCCCCUCGUCGACGCCGUCGUCGCCUACGACUCCGCGGCCGGCGAGGAGGUCCGCGUGCAGUACGUCGACGCGGCGCCCGCGCCGGGCUUCGACCACGCGCUCCGCGUCCGCGGCGUCCGCGUCGACGCGGCCGUGUCGUCGCCCAACGAGGCCGAGCUCGCCAAGUUCGCCCUGCCGCCGCCGAAGCCCGACUCGCUCAGCGGCCUCAAGUGCCCCAUGCCGGGCACGCUCCUCUCCUACGCCGUCGGCGAGGGCGAGACCGUCGAGGCGGGCCAGCCCCUCGCCAUCGUCGAGGCCAUGAAGAUGCAGAACAUCCUCCGCGCGGAGCACAAGGUCGUCGUCGACAAGCUCCUCUCGGACGUCGGCGACGUCGUCGCCGCGGACCAGAUGCUCAUCGCCUUCGUCCAGGACGACGAGUAGCGCGCCCGCGCGUAAUCGCCUCGGGUCUUC